GGGCGGCAAUAUGGCUGCGCCCAUGUGCGCACACGGGGUGUGCCCGCAGCGCCGGGCCCGGGCCCGCUGAGCCCUCCCGGGCCGCCAGCCCGGACCGCCAGCCCUGCAUGGAGCCGCGGGAGUCCUGGGCGGCCUUGGCGGCUGGUGGAGUUGCUGGUGUCUGCGUUGACUUGAUCCUUUUUCCCCUGGAUACUGUAAAAACAAGACUACAGAGUCCUCAAGGAUUUAGGAAAGCUGGUGGUUUUCGUGGCAUCUAUGCUGGUGUUCCUUCCACUGCAAUAGGAUCCUUUCCAAAUGCUGCUGCUUUUUUUAUCACCUAUGAGAAUGUGAAAUCUGUGCUGCCCCAUGGAUCUUCAUCAUACUUGUCCCCUGCAACACACAUGGUGGCUGCGUCCCUUGGGGAAGUGGUUGCCUGUCUCAUACGGGUUCCAUCCGAGGUCAUCAAGCAAAGGGCCCAGGUUUCCCCUUCCUCAAGCACUCUCCGGAUUCUCUCCCACACCCUGUACCACGAGGGUAUUCAAGGACUUUAUCGGGGUUAUAAAAGCACGGUAUUAAGAGAGAUUCCUUUCUCUCUGGUACAGUUUCCCCUCUGGGAGUCCUUAAAGGAUCUCUGGUCAUGGAAGCAGGGUCACGUGGUGGAUUCUUGGCAGUCAGCAGUCUGUGGAGCUUUUGCAGGUGGAUUUGCAGCUGCAGUCACCACACCUCUCGACGUAGCAAAGACGAGAAUUAUGUUGGCAAAGGCUGGUUCCAGCAAUGCCAGUGGGAAUGUUCUGGCUGCCCUUGGUGGCAUCUGGAGGACACAAGGCCUGUCAGGCUUGUUCGCAGGUGUUGUCCCACGGAUGGCAGCCAUCAGCCUGGGAGGCUUCAUCUUCCUGGGGACAUAUGAGAAGACUCGGCAGCUGCUGCUCUGAGCCAGCCCGGCCGCUCCUGCGGGGGGAGAAGCCGGAGAAGCCGCCGAGGCAGAGGAGGAGUCGGGCUGGGAGCAGAGCCUUCCUCCGGCACCCCUCACAGCAGCUGUCCUGCAGGCUGAGAGCCACUCUCCCUGCUAGAGAAAACUAAAUCCUCCAAUAAUCCAGCUUCCCAAACAUGAAAUUUUCCUGCAUGGAAAGUGGGUGAGGUCAUUGUGAAGAGUUGUGCCAAAAAAGUAAUGUUUGGGGGGUAAACAGCUAAUUAUGGUGGCUGCGAAAGGCGUUAUUAGAACUCCUGCAGGGAAAGUGUUUUGGAAAGCUCUGGCUCGGGGGCUGUGGGGAGGCUGAAAUAAAGCAAGUUUUCAUCGUUCA